CUCCUCUCCGAUCAACAAAAUUCAUAUCUGAAAUUUUUUUUGGUUUCCUCCUUCAAUGGCGACUUCUCGAACGACCCUCCCGCUUUGGUUUCUCGUUCACCUCUUCUUGUUUUCUUCUUCUUCUUCUGCUUCUGUUAUUUCGCUUCCUUCCGAUUCGGAUAAAGCUUCGGUGGCUUUGUACUAUGAAUCCCUGUGCCCUUACAGUGCUAAUUUCAUAAUCAAUUACCUCACUAAGCUCUUCGAAGAUGAUCUCAUCUCCAUCGUCGACCUCCGCCUCCUUUGAGCUCAUGGAUGCAGAAGAUGACAGCUUAAGUGUAAAUCAACUUCCAGGUUUCAUAAUUCAUAUACUCGAGAUUGUGUUUUUCACUGUUGUUAAGUUUUAUUCGGGACUUUAGGUAGCUGGUUGUAGCAUUGCGACUUGAAGUUUAUCUAAACUGUAAGCCAAAAAAAUGAACACAAGAUAUCAAAUGUCCUGAUGCAACUGCCCGGUCCAGGCUUUUGUUUGCGGGCUUAACCCCAAAUAAUAUGAGGAGUUGUAG